AUGAGUGAACAAAAUACUGCUCAGGUUCUGGCCGAUGAAGUAUUGGAUUUCUUUGACAAAAGAAUAGGUCAAAACUACAGGAUGAUUGUGCUACUUGUUGGAGCUCCGGGUUCGGGAAAAUCGAGCAUUGCUUGUAGUUUGAAAGAUGAGAUCAAUCGAAGAUACAAGAAGCAUAGAGCGGAGACAGGAGGUGGCACCGACGUUGACCGGUCUGUUUUCGAUGUUGAGGGUAUGUUGGGCCACGUUAAGGAGAUACCUCCAAGUUUGAAAGAGGAGAUGGAAAAAAACGACGGUAUUAUCCCCCGUUUUGUCGAAGAUUGUAUGUUUAAGCCCGUAAAGUUAACUAGUGCAAUCUUGCCGGAUUCCACGACUACUCAAAUUAUUGGUAGAGGUGGGGUGUUGAACUCGAUCACAAUUGAAAGGGAUCAGAAGACAAAGACAACCGACCGCAAUAUUGCGGAGGUGAUCCCUAUGGAUGGGUUUCAUCUUUCACGAAGGUGCCUGGAUGAGUUUAAAGAUCCUGUUAGAGCCCAUAAACGAAGGGGUUCGCCACCCACAUUCGAUAGCAAUAAUUUUCUCCAAUUAGCUAAACUCAUCGGGGCUGCUUCUCCUGCUAUUUCCGGGAAAUACCGGGGAGGUCAACUGUUCAAAGAAAUAGAGAGGACGUUUGAUAACACAUUACCGUCCAUAUAUGUUCCUGGGUUUGACCACUCUUUGAAAGAUCCAACUCCAAAAAGCUACUGCCUUGAUAGUUCCGUUAGAAUUGCAAUUUUAGAAGGGCUGUAUCUACUCUACGACAGGGAAAACUGGAAGGAAAUCUAUCCAACACUUGAAGAUAGAGGAGCUGUUUUGGUUUACAAAAUUGAUAUCGAAGAUGAAGUCAUCCGAGAUCGGGUGGCCAAGAGACAUCUACAUAGUAAACUGGUAAAAACACUGGAAGAAGGCAGAAGAAAGUUUGAUGAGAACGACCUCCUUAAUGCACACAUUGUGAACGAUCACAUGAUUUUGGUACCAGAUAUACGGGUGAUAAGAAAUGACUAG